CUCUGAAGAGCAAUCAACUAUAUUGAUAUUUCUGCCGUCCAUUAUAGAAAUAUUCCAAUUACCACGAGGUGUGUUUAUAUAGAGAAUUAUAAAAUGGUAUACACAGAGAUAUAUACACAGCGAUUGUGGCGUCAUCUGGCGUAGUGAGGAGAUUGACCUAGAACAACUGGAUAUAUGGAUAAGUUCGGUAUGUAUCCGGAGAUUGACGGGUAUUACCGGAGAUGAACAAUGAUAACAUUGAAAGGAAAAUGAGGAGCAGCAGAGAUUUUAAUCUUACAAUAAGAAAGUCAUAUUAUACUGAUUUCAAUAGUAAAAUAAAUCCACUUGGAGACUAAUGAGGACGACAAGGAUUCUAGAGAACAGGACGAGCUCGAAUUACACGUGUAGAGGUGUAAAGAAUUUAAUGUAGAAUCUUAUACAUAUAUAUUAAUACAUAAAGUGGUUAGGUACAUCUGUGAUAUCACCCGUGUUCCUGAUAUACGUACAUAAUGUGCUUGAAGUAUAUAGACAGCUAUUAAUGAUGAAGUGAAGGACACUCGACUGAAGGAUGUCACUGUUACCUGUGUUGAUUAUAUUGACUUGCUUUUCAUGUUGUCUUACAUCAAAUAUAGUUAUACUAACGGACAAUGAUGAUAUUCCAACAUGGACUAGUUUAAACAUCUUCACAAACCAAAAUACUGAUGUCAACAUCUUUUCCUAUGAUGUAACCAAUGAAAACGAUACGCUUGCCAGUGUACAGUUCUUGUGUAGAAACUACCAUCCCGGAAGUACCAUUGUAUUGGAUGUGACUCACUCGUGUUCUGUAGCCGAUCUUGGUGGUACGAUAUUUACUCCUUGGAUUAGACCAUCUUAUACCGGAUGUCACUGCCAUCAAACGUCAUCACUACAGGCAUCUCAUGACGUCAUCAUAUCCGUGGCUUUUGAUUACGUUAGACGUCAGAGGAAUAAACUGGCAAAAAUCAUCAUAUUUACGGACAGCUGUCAAUAUUCGCCGUCGAUCCUUGAUAGUGUCAAUUUGACCGUUCCCGUUCUUCUGAUCAACCCCAAGAAAAUCAACAUAUCACAAUGGCUGACCAAAAUAAAGCAUCAUACCAUCCGCCAUUAUCAGAUUGUCAUAGGAACAGCGUUUCAAGUCAACCACAUUUUAUGCACGGCCAAAUAUGUCGGACUGCCAGAGGCCUUCAGGUAUAUCAUACAUGUACUUGAUAAUCCAAGCAACAUAGAUUUGACUUGUGUAACCAGUCAAUAUGUCCUGAUCGAAUCGACAGUAUCCAAACCUUCCUAUAAUCAGGACUCGCUUGAUGCGAUCAGUAAAUUGCCUGGAAUAUCUGAGAUAUUAUGGCCGUGGUUGCAGUCCAUUCUACCUACGUUACCGCAAACAUUUGAUCCGUCAGCGAACAUAUGCAAUGGGCCAGUCACCAUCAAUAAUCCGGUGAUUCCACCAAUUGGAGGAAUACAGAAUGAAUUUAAUUUGAUUGAAAUUACAAAACUAUAUAACACAGACCAACAAAAGCAGAUAGGACGCUGGACAUUAUUAGAUGGUUACUUAGCAAUAGAGGGUGUUGAGACUUUUCACAAGAAUCAUUUAAUGGUAGCAACUAUACAUGAACCGCCAUUUGUAUUUCGUGAAGAGACUGAAAACGGAACGAUUUAUCGUGGUUACACUGUAGACGUGUUCAAUGAAAUAGCAUCUAGACUCGAUCUGACCUAUACGAUGUACGAAGUGCCCGAUAAACAAUAUGGACGAAAGAACCCUGAUGGAACCUGGUCUGGUCUGGUAGGAGAAAUUCUGAAAGGGUCUGCAGAUAUGGUAGUAGCUCCGGUAUCGGUAACAGCGGACAGAGAAGCAGUCCUGGAUUUCACCAGUCCUUAUUAUGACUUUGCUGGAAUUCAGAUCAUGAUGAAGAAACCAGAUGACGAAACGUCCUUCAUGACUUUUACUUUCGUUUUCUCUUCCACCUUGUGGUUAUGUUGGUUUGCCGUUUUAUUAAUUACUGGCGGUUGCAUCUAUAUCUUUGAGAGAAGCAGUCCAUACAGCCCUAGAAAUACACCGGGAGGAUAUUAUACGAUAAUCGAUAAGAAGGAGAAAUAUUUUGGUGUUGUGGAUAGUUAUUGGUACGUGGCAGCUUCGUUAUCUUUGUACGGUCCCGAGUUUACACCCAGAACGUUUUCAACUCGUCUUCUCAUCAGUGGUUUCUGGUUAUUCUGCACGAUCAUCAUGGCGAACUAUAUCGCUAACUUAGCAGCUGUAUUAACCACAUCACGUCUAACAGUACCCAUUGAUUCACUUGAUGAUCUUGCCAAACAAACACGGAUUAAAUAUUCUCUAAAACGAGGAACAGUCAUACAAGAUUAUUUUGAACGCAUGGCCAAUAUUGAACGAAACUUCUACGAUCUGUGGCGCAAUAUGAGCUAUGGUACAAGCUUUGAACUCCGAUCUCAGAGCGUUGCUGUGUUUGAUUAUCCACUAGGUGAUCAGUACUUAACAAUUAAAACAGCCAUAGAAAGAACAGGACUACUCACCACUUCAGAGGAAGGGCUCAAUAAAGUGUUGACCGAGGAUUUUGCCAUGAUCCACGAAUCGCCUAUGCUACAAUAUGAAUUGAGUCAAGAUUGUAGAUUAAUCGCUGUGGGAAAACAGUUCAGUUCCAAACCUUAUGCCUUUGCCUUACCGCAGAAAUCACCCUUAACAAAGCUUAUCUCUAAAACAAUUUUACAGCUGCAAUCGGAAGUAGUAUUAGAUGCCUUGCAACAGAAAUGGUGGACGGGAGAUAACUCUAAUCAGUCAUGUUCUACUAUCGAUGAGAGCGAUGGUUUAACCUUCCAUACUGUUGGCGGUAUAUUUCUAGUCGUUAUAUUUGGUAUGGGACUCGGUCUCUUGGUGUCCUUGGUAGAGAUCAUGUGGUACAACAUCCGACCACGUGCUCAGUCCAAAAUCAAACAGCAUACAUUAAAUGAACAGAACAGCCGAACCAAUCUUGCCGAUGAUUUUGAUAGCAUUCCAUCAGUCGACACAAUAAACAGUGCGGAAUCAGUGAAUUUAUAAAUAUUAAAAUAGACUGUGUUUUGUACCAUGUUGACUGAUCUAUGUGAAA